CAACCAAGUAAAUUAACAAGAUCAAAGAAUAAGAACAAAAAUAACUUGUGUUUGACAAUAAUUCAAUAAUAAUCAUGAGUCAGGAGAAGCCACGGAGGCCGGAGCAAGAACCGAUAAAAUACGGCGACGUGUUCAACGUGUCUGGUAAGUUAUCAUCCCAACCGAUUGGACAAAGAGAUGCUGAAGCAAUGCAAUCAGCGGAAGACAAGACAUUGGGAAAAGCUCGAAAAGAUGGUCCUGCUUCUCUCAUGAGUUCUGCGGCCCAGAAAAACGAGGAUGCUGGUUUCAUGGAUGAUGACAUUGCUACAAACAUUGCUAGAAAAGAAGGCGUUGCGGUUUCUCAAACUUAUGAUUCGGGCAAACGUGUCAUCACCGAGACCCUUGGUGGACAGGUUCUGGGGAAGUUUGUGGAAGAUACAAAUGGUGCGGACCCGCUUAAGAAAAACAAGUGAUGUAGAUUUUACCUUAUAGUUUUGGUAAAAUGUCUUGCCCUUUUGACCAAGACUUUCUUUGGUUUUGUACGUAUUAUCACUCAAACAUGAUAAUGGACUUUUGUUAUGUA